AUGACCGAUGGAGAACCUAUUGAACAAACCGAAUUCUUCAAAAGGUUUCAGGAAGUGGGUUUUUGUAUGGUCAGCGUUUCUAUGCGUUUUUUUGAAAGAAUUAUUGAUUUUACAGACUUGCGAGGAACGAUAUAAAGACGCAGAACAUGAGGAUGACAUAAGAGAUGCGGUUCACUGCAUGAUAGAGUGCAAGGUGGCACUCUACACACUCACAAUCGAGUACUGCGAGAACAACAGAACCCGAUUUGAGGCACUGACAAACAAUGACAAUUUUAGAGAAUAA